AUGGCGGCGAGGAGGGCCACGACAGCCUUGGCCUUGGCCUUCUUCGUCUUCACUCCGACCUCUGCCUCUGCCGAUUCGGCGGCAUUGCAGGAGCUCCUAGAGGAUGUUCUGCACUUCAUCCCGGAAAGCGCAGCCAACAGUGCCGAGCUGCCGCGACGAAAUCCACCUCAGAGACAGAGCAAGAUCGACCAUGUCGUGGUACUGUACAUGGAGAACCAUGCCGCAGACAACUUCUUCGGCUGCAUGGACCUUCCAGGGUUUGAUGGUAUCAGAGGUCAUCGCAUUCCAGCGGAUCCUGCAGAUCCAUCCAAAGGCUUCAUCAACAUCACAUGUGGAGCUGCGCCGUACGUUUGCACCCAAGGACCAGGCUAUGCAACCUUUAACGGUAAGUUUGCCAAAGACGGCAAUCCGCACAAGUACCCAUACUCGCAACAAAGCGACGGCUACUCUGCUUGGUGGGGAGCUGCGGAGAAUGGCACAGCGGUCACGAUGUUCGCGCCAGAGCAGGUGCCCGUCAAGGCAGCGAUUGCGCAGAAUUUCGGGGUCUUCAAUAAGCUCUUCACAGCCGUGCCUUCGGCAAGUAGCCCGAACCACCUGUUUACUCAGUCGGCCACCAGCUGCGGCAUGACUUCGAAUGUGCUUUGGAAGCAGUGCGGAGGAAACGGCACAUACUUCCCGCAACCAACAAUAUAUGACUCUCUGCGGUUGCACAAUGUCAGCUUCAGCUUCUUCAUGAACAGUACUUGCGGCUUGGACGGCAAGCCCUGCCAUGGCGAAGAUCCGCAUGAUCCCGACGCUGGCUCAGCAAUCUCCACGCCCGAUGUUGCGAUGAUUGGAGUCGCACGGCACAAAGAUCGCUUCAUGAGCCAGGAGAUUUUUUACCAGCAAGCUGCCAACGGAACUUUGCCUGCGCUGUCGUGGGUGCUGCCACCCAUCCAGGCAUGUGACCAUCCUUGCCACGACAUCGCGAAGGGUGAACGGCUCUUGAAGGACGUGUACGAGGCCGUACGUGCUGGCCCUGGCUGGAAUCGGACCCUGCUAUUUGUGGCAUAUGAUGAUGCAGGAGGCUACUACGAUCAUGUGGUGCCUCCUUCCGAGGGGGUUCCAGCUGACAACUCAUCCUGUGUGAUCCCAGGUUCGCAUCCUGACUGUGGUCCCGAAUUUGACUUCCGUCGACUGGGACUGCGAACAACGGCUAUGCUGAUUUCGCCUUGGGUUGCCAAAGGAGCCGUGUACCAGGAGCCCAAGCGUGGCCCCACGAAUACCUCCCAGUUUGAGUUGACUUCCGUCCCGGCCACUAUCAAGAACUUGUUCAAUUUGUCUUUCUUUCUGACCCAGCGGGAUGCUUGGGCGGGCAGCUUUGACGAGUUGCUCUUAGAAGUCCCGAGAUCUGACACACCCCUGCAUCUUCCAGACGCCCCUCUUCCAGCUAGUCCAUGGACGCCGCCGCCACCCAGAGUUCCAGCGGACACCGCGACCGUCGUGACCCCGCAGCACUGCAGCUCCUGGCAUGGUCAGGCGGAGGCCCAGUGCAGGGGCCUUACUCAUGCUAAUUUAAAGCAGCAGCGCAAUAUACGCCUUUUGGCUGACAUGCUGGAUAUUCCGGUGCCGGACGUUAGUAAGAUGGAUUACUUUGCUGCAAACGCAUGGCUUCGCUCGAGAUGGCGACUGUGGAUGAAAGGCAGCAGCACAAGCGUGCCACAAGACGUGGAGAUUGUUUAA